AUGUCCAAACGUGCGGACUUUGAACUUUUCGAAUUGUCAGCAUGGAACUCAACGUACGCAGGUGACAUAGAUACUUUGGCUGAGCCCAGUAAGUUCGACUACUGGAUUGGACCCUCUCGGCAAUGGCAGGACAUGAUAGCGUCGAGGGUUGCUUUAUCAAACGAACCACUUGUUCGGAAAGGCAUAGGCGAUGACAUCUGUUCCAACAGUUGGGACUGCUCUUAUGUUCUCAAUUUUGUCGCUCCUGGCUACAAAUGUGAAAAGCUUGCAUCCGGAAUAGACUCGAAAGUCCAGAGUCUUGGACAAUCAACACCACCUUUCAAUACGAGCGUACUUGCACCCUCCGGUGACAUGGUAUAUCACGCCAUGAACGACUUGGGCGAAUAUGGAGACUCCCAAAUACCCUCUGAUGACUUAGGAUUUCCGAAACAGUCGCCUCCAUUCCCAAAGAACCUGGGUGCGUUCAGAACAGAGCCCAUAAUGUGGAUCGGUUAUUGUACUGUCGAAAAUUAUUCGAAAUCACAGCCAAAUUGGGACGACGUUGAAGGCUGGCAUACAGCUUAUACUCCAGUUAUAUUUGGUUGUGAGCAUUAUGAGGUCGACUAUACGAUCCAAUUCAACUAUAUUGGCGGUGUGCAGUCGCACAUGGUUCAAAAUCGUGACUAUCUCAGAAAGGUAGUCAAUACGACUCUCACUUCAGAGAUGGACCCAGACCGCAGACUCAACGAUCGAACGAAAGCAGUUCCGGAAGAAAACUACGUCUAUCCUUCUGACGUUGGUGAAUAUCGUCUUACUGGAGCUUAUCAUUCACUCGGUUACGCCCUACGACGCAUCUUCAAAAGGACAACAACUAUGCCCCGUUAUGAUGUACAGUCAAAGCUGCUGCUGACUCCGUUAAUCGAUAGACUGGAUUAUCUCCUGGUGAAGAACUUGCCUGAGGCUAUUGUACAAAUGUACGAGAACAUGAUAAUUUCGCUAUUGGCAGAACCCUCCAUCAAUGUGGUAUCAUGGGCUUCAAAUGGUGAACCGUCCGGGGCAGCCAAAGGUGGACCGUCGACAAACUAUCCUUGCCAGAAACAACGAUACACCAAUGUGUUUGAAUACAAUAAGGUACAAUUACUUGCGGUAUACGCGGCAAGUAUCGCGCUAGCCACGGCGGCCGUUAUACUUCGGUUACAAGCCUAUCGAGAAGAAGGUAGAAUGCGUGAUAUGAAACCUUCAUCCAUCAUCGCCGCAUCCAGGGCGUCAGAACUCCACGAGUUAGGCGUGAAAUGA